CUAGUCAAAUACUGCAUGUGUUUCUUAUAGCGAAGUAGAAGACCGUGUGGCUGAUGUCAUAGGUCGGGGAAUCCGGACUCGGGCCGGUACUUGCGGUGAGUGGCGAACAACUGUCCUGCGCCUCAUUAAGCCCUCUUCCCCACAUUCUGGCCUUCGUCACUCUUCCCUCUUGGUCCCACACGGCAUCAUGGCAGCACCUACGGUGGUGCAUCUGCAUAGACUGGUGGCCAAGAACGCGAAAGUGUUCAAGGCCGCCUGGCGUCACGCUGCAAAGCUUAUACAGAAACAACUGCCCGAAGCCGCGCGACCGACACAGGCACAGCUACAACCCAUCCUCGUUCGAAAUGCUCCCAAGCACCCUCUUCACCGUAUUGCGUUGCUGAAGCAGAGCAAGGGCCGAUGGUACACUACUCAUAGCACCAUCGCCUCCGCUGUUCGGAAGUUCACCUCAUCCGCCUCUCGAUCGACGGGCGUCAAGUUCGACAAGUCUUCCUUCCCCAAGUCGCGCAUAGGUACCAUCGUAACUACUCAGGCGGGUCGCGCGCCUUUCGCAUCGACACUUCGCCCGAAUCUGACUGGCGGAACACUUGGCCGGACUGCAGGAGGAUACGGCUGGGGCUCUGGCAGGGCUGGAGGGGCUCGAUACUUCUCACACGGCCCUGCGGCACCCGCCCAGGUCAUCAACAAUGUUUCUCAGGCCGUACGGGCGUUCCUCGUGGGAGGGAACAAGUCGCAAUUCGAUGGCGUCAACCCUCACACAGGGGAGAAGCGCUUCAAGGCAGUCUCCGCACUGCAGGACCAGGUCAACCGCACCCUUACCAAGGUGCCCAAGGCCACCCCCGGUUCCUACAUCAGCUUCAACAUCAACCCCACUGUCACCGCUCUUACUCCCCUGAAGGCUGUCAAGGGUUUCGUCUCGUUCGCGCAAGAGAAGGAUACCCUGAACAACGACGGUCUUCUGAACAUCUUGUCAGUCGACUUCUCACGAGCAGUCAAGGAGCUGGCUGCCGUCCUUAAAGAUCUUCAGCGGUUGUCAGAGUUAGGAGAUUUGCCGAUAUCGUAUGAGCACUCGACACUAAAAGUCCACUUCCCGGGCUGCGAUGCAGGAACCGUCGAGACAAUCUGCAACGAGUUCGAAGUCCAACGAGGGGUCGUACACCAAGACGAAGACUUCGACUCAUUUGUAGGCACUGAUAUUGCUCUGCUCUUCCCCUUUGCACCAAGCAAGUCAUCGUCAGAAUGCGAUUUCUUCGACAAACCCGUCGGCGACCGUCAACACGUCCAGCCAAUCAUUGACUGGCAACACAUGCUGUCGCCAUCAUCUAUCGGCUCUGGUGCGUACUCGACACAUUCAGAAAUGAGCUUCGAUGAACUAGAGGAUAUGGCUGAAGAGCCUAACCCAUGGCUAUCUUCCUCUUCGCCGUCAGGGUACGAGAGUCUACACACGAGUGAAGCUGAUGAGAUGGACCUGCACACACCCCUUGAGUACCAAGGUGUUGAGGGCAUGUAUAGGUUCAUGGCGCAGUGCGAGACGAUGAGUGUACGGUAGCGGAAGGUUGGAGCAGAUGGACAGGCGUUGUGUGGUAG